AAAAUGUCAGUCAUGUGACAACUUUUUCACUUAAUUCAGUAGUAAUUCCAACUUUAUUUUUUCGCACAAAAAAAACUUAAUUUUCGUGUUUUAUUUUCGUCUCCCCACACAGUAUUAAAUUCAUUUUAUUAAACAAUAAAAAAUGGCUGCUGCUUUUCUACCACCAGUAAUAAUAUCAGCAAUUUGGGCAUUCAUUGGAAUUGUCUGUCCUUUCUUUGCCAAGGGACCAAAUCGAGGAAUUAUUCAAUGUUGUCUUAUGUUAACUGCAGCCUGUUGUUGGUUAUUCUGGUUGUGCUGUUACAUGACCCAAAUGAAUCCACUUAUUGGACCCAACCUUUCCCGUAAUUCCAUUCUAAUCAUUGCCAAGGAAUGGGGAAACGCAAUCAAAGAAGGAUAAACUCUUUAUUCUUUCUUGUAUAUUGUUAUUAAACUAUAGUUAAUCUUUGUUGUAUGAUAUUUGGUCCAAAACUUUUUUAAAUGUAUUCAAUGUGCCUUGAUAAAAAACUAAAAAAAAACAACUUUAAACUCAAUAACCAAAAACUACGGACAAGAAAAACAACCACACACAAAAACUUUAAUAAUGUUAUAAAAUAAUAACCUUUUUCUGAUUUAUAUUUUCUAUAUACAAUCAUGUUUACAGUCUAUACAAAAAAUAUAUAUUUUGCCUAAGAUAUUAAA